CAAAAUACACUGAAUUAUUCCACCUCAAUUUUCAACCAUCUUCAUCAUCUCUACUCUAUGCUUUGUCAAAAAAGUUGAAUUCAAAAACAAAGAGAAUCAAUCAAAGCUUGGAAUCUCUCAACUCAACUCAACUCAGUAGUUAAUUUAAUUUGUCCACUAACCCUAAACCCCUCUUUUUUCAUAAACAAUACAAAUUUAACACUCCUUUUCUGUCGCAUUCGAUUGUGACUUUCCCCCACUUGCUACCAUUCUCUCUUUUUCCCCUGUUUCCUCUAUAAAGAUCCGAUCUUUCUUUCUGGGGUAUGAAUCAAAUUGCUGCUACUACUACAAGGGAGGAGGACGAGGAGAAGGAGGAAGAGGACCCAGAAGAGGAGUUUCCGAAGAAGAAGAAUGAAGCUGUGGCAGUGACUGGUGACCAAGACUCCGAGAAGCCGCCUCCACCGGUGGAGGACGAUCCAAUGGAGCAGGAUACAGCCACCCCCGCCACCAUUUUUUCCAUCAGGCUUAAGCAACCGAGGUCCAAUUUGAUCCACAAGAUGAGUGUUCCUGAAAUUUGUCGCAACUUCAGUGCUGUUUCAUGGUGUGGGAAACUGAAUGCUAUAGCUUGUGCUUCUGAAACAUGUGCAAGAAUCCCAAGCUCAACCGCAAAUCCACCAUUUUGGAUUCCUAUACAUAUUGUGAUCCCGGAGAGGCCAACUGAAUGUGCAGUAUUCAAUGUCAUAGCAGAUUCUCCUCGUGAUUCUGUCCAGUUUAUUGAAUGGUCCCCUACCUGCUGCCCCCGUGCAUUAUUGAUAGCGAAUUUCCAUGGGAGGGUAACUGUUUGGACUCAACCAUCUCAAGGUCCAGCUAAUGUUGUGCUUGAUACUAGCUGCUGGCUGCGUGAGCAUGAGUGGCGGCAAGAUAUUGCAGUUGUUACGAAGUGGCUAUCAGGGGUGUCUCUGUAUAGGUGGCAUUCAUCUAAAUCGAGUGCGCCUGCCAAUGCGAAGUCAAUGUUUGAGGAAAAGUUUCUUUCACAACAAUCUCAAACUUCAGCUAGAUGGCCCAAUUUUCUAUGUGUCUGUUCUGUAUUCUCAUCAGGCUCGGUUCAACUUCAUUGGUCCCAGUGGCCUCCUUCUCAGAAUGCAACACCACGCAAAUGGUUUUGCACUAGUAAGGGACUAUUGGGUUGUGGACCCAGUGGAAUUAUGGCUGGUGAUGCUAUCAUUACAGAUAGUGGUGCCAUGCAUGUCGCAGGUGUGCCAAUUGUUAAUCCAUCUACCAUUGUUGUAUGGGAGGUCAUGCCUGGGCCUGGAAAUGGUUUCCAAGUAACUCCGAAGACAAGUAUCAAUAAUGGUGUUCCACCUCUGAUCUCACCCAGCUGGAGUGGCUUUGCACCUUUAGCCGCAUAUUUAUUUAGCUGGCAAGAUUAUCUAUUAUCUGAAGAAAAGCAAGGGAGAAACCAGACAGACCAAAACCUUGGUGAUUCUAUACCACUUCACUGCUCACCAGUUUCCAAUUUUUCAGCAUAUGUGAGUCCCGAAGCAGCAGCUCAAUCUGCAGCAACCACGACCUGGGGUUCUGGUGUAACAGCAGUGGCCUUUGAUCCAACUCGUGGUGGUUCUGUGAUAGCUGUUGUGAUAGUUGAGGGACAGUACAUGUCCCCUUAUGAUCCAGAUGAGGGCCCAUCAAUCACUGGGUGGAGAGUGCAACGCUGGGAAUCAUCUUUACAGCAUGUUGUCCUCCAUCCAAUAUUUGGAAACCCUACUUCCAGUAUGGGUGGACAGCCUCCUAUGCAAACUGUUUGGCAGUCCAAAGUGGACCUGAGUAUUCCACCAACAAAUGAUUUCAAGAAUCAUCAAGCACCUGCAGUUGGAAUGAAUGCUGAUGGGCAAAAGGUAUCCAUGUCUUGUUUUGAUAAGUCAAAAGGGGUCAAUUUUGAUCCUUUUGAUCUUCCAAGUGAUGUUAGGACACUUGCCCGAGUUGUUUACUCAGCUCAUGGUGGUGAAAUUGCCAUUGCUUUUCUUCGGGGUGGAGUCCACAUCUUUUCUGGUCCAAAUUUUGCACCUGUUGACAAUUACCAGAUCAACGUUGGGUCUGCAAUUGCUGCUCCAUCUUUUUCUUCAACAAGCUGUUGUUCUGCUUCUGUUUGGCAUGACACAAGCAAGGAUCAGACAAUAUUGAAAAUAAUCCGGGUUCUUCCUCCUGCUGUUCCAACUAGUCAAGUAAAAGCCAAUUCAUCAACCUGGGAACGUGCAAUUGCUGAAAGGUUUUGGUGGAGCCUUUUGGUUGGAGUUGAUUGGUGGGAUGCUGUGGGCUGUACGCAGAGUGCUGCUGAGGAUGGUAUUGUUUCACUUAACAGCGUUAUUGCAGUCUUAGAUGCAGACUUCCAUUCCCUUCCUACUGCUGAGCACAGACAACAGUAUUGUCCUUGUCUGGACAGGAUAAAGUGUAGGCUACUUGAAGGAUCAAAUGCUCAAGAUGUGAGGGCAAUGGUUCUGGAUAUGCAAGCCAGGUUGUUGUUGGAUAUGCUUGGGAAAGGAAUUGAGUCUGCUUUGAUAAAUCCUUCAGCUUUAGUGCCUGAUCCUUGGCAGGUAUCUGGAGAGACAUUAUCAAGCAUUGACCCUGAAGAAGUGGCUGUUGAACCUGCACUAGUUCCAUUUAUUCAGGCUUAUGUUGAUUCAGUUCUUGAUCUGGCCUCACAUUUUAUCACACGGUUGCGGCGUUAUGCAAGUUUCUGUCGUACAUUGGCAAGUCAUGCUGUGACCGCAGGGACUGGAAGCAACCGGAAUAUGGUUGCUAGUCCUACCCAAAAUUCCGCAACUUCAGCAACAAAUCAGGGAGGUCAAAAUGGGACAACCAGUUCUAGUGGAAGCACACAAAUGCAAGCUUGGGUACAUGGGGCUAUUGCCAAGAUUAGCAGCACACCUGAUGGAGUGUCCAACCCAACUCCUACCCCCCCUAUCAGUGGUCCUUCGUCCUUUGUGCCCAUAAGCAUUAAUACAGGAACAUUUCCUGGAACACCUGCAGUUCGACUUAUUGGGGACUGUCAUUUCCUUCAUAGAUUAUGCCAGCUUUUACUCUUCUGCUUUUUCUUUCGGAGAACACAACUUCCUCGCUAUAUGAGUGGCUCGCAGAGAUCUGCUGAUACGAAUGCACAAAAGUCUCAACCUAAUGCUUCUGUUCCUGGCAAGGUGGAGGAGAAUGCAAAACCAUUGUCAAAUAUGGAUGGUCAAACAGGUCGAGUUGGUCAGCUUGUGUCUGGAUCAAAAGGAGGAGAAGAACCAUCACCUGGGCGUUCAAGAAUUGGUACUGGAAAUGCUGGCCAAGGAUAUACUUUUGAAGAGGUCAAGGUUCUUUUUCUAGUACUCAUGGAUCUCUGUCGGCGAACCUCUGCGCUGCAACAUCCCUUGCCAGUUUCUCAAGUGGGGAGUAGCAACAUUCAAGUGCGCCUGCAUUAUAUUGAUGGGAACUAUACUGUACUGCCAGAGGUUGUGGAAGCAUCUCUUGGCCCACAUAUGCAGAACAUGCCUCGCCCUAGAGGUGCAGAUGCUGCUGGUCUUCUACUACGUGAGUUAGAACUCCACCCUCCAGCAGAAGAAUGGCAUAGACGCAAUUUGUUUGGUGGAUCUGGGACUGAUACAGAUGAAGCGGAUUCUUCAAGUGAUGCACCAAAACUUGUUAGUUUAAGUCCAUUUGAUUUCAGCUCAUCGGAAAAUUCGGAUAUCUACUAUGGAGCCAAUGGCUUAUGGCCAAGGAAGCGCAGGUUGUCUGAACGAGAUGCGGCUUUUGGGUUGAACACUUCUGUGGGCCUGGGAGCUUAUCUCGGUAUAAUGGGAUCUCGAAGAGAUGUUGUUACUACAUUGUGGAAGACUGGCCUCGAAGGAGUCUGGUACAAGUGCAUAAGAUGUCUGCGGCAGACUUCUGCUUUCGCUUCACCAGGUUCCGCUAACCUUGGUAGUCAAAAUGACCGUGAGACUUGGUGGAUCAGCCGUUGGGCUUAUGGCUGUCCAAUGUGUGGUGGAACAUGGGCUCGGGUUGUGUAGCUGGCUCCAUAAAAAAACUAUUGAUGGAAGCAGUGCAUAUAUUUAUGGCUUCAUACAAAUGCUGACUGGAAUUGUACAGGAGAUAAGAGAUGUAAAUUUACCUGACACACAGAUUCUUAUGGACAUGGAUAAAAGAAAUUUGGCUACUGUAACCACCAGUUUGGCCGGAAGAGGUUGAUAGUGAUCUGCUUCUUUUGACAAGCCAGCCAUGCUUCAUUUUGUUUUUUGUUUCAAAAAGUCUGGGUGAGUUU